GUUAAACGUGAUACAGGUGUAGUAAAUAUUGUUUACAAUCUAAUUGCAUUUACUGGUGCAUGAUAUAUUCUGCGGCUUCAAGAAUGUCGGGGGAAGGUGACAUUGACAUUUCCCUGAAAUUAUCAGAGGUACUUGAUGAAAUUGGAGUGAAUGACGAAAUGGUGAAGAAAAGAAGGUACAUGUCCUCUCAGAGUGAAGUCAUGAUGACAAUUCCUGUUGAAAACAAAGGCAAGUGUUAUAUAUUUGACAGCACUGCAGAAGGAACAACGACCUUGGGUUUAGAAUCCAACUGUCAUAUACUGUGGUGUAAAACUGCCUAUAAUGUUAUACAGGACAAGAACGACUGGAAAGAAAAUGUCAAAAAUCUUCAGAUGCUCCAAAAUGAAGUGCCACCUGGGUAUUGUCAUCUGCAAAUAAUGGGCCGAAAUAUUGAAAUGUAUGAAAGUCUCAUUCGCUUGGAAAAUAGGGAGCUACUGAAAUAUGAUAAAGGUGUCUCUCAUCGCAUUUAUCCUGAUGACCCCAUGAAGGAACACUUUGGUCCAGAAAUUCCAGCGCCACAAAAAGCAGAUUCAUCUAAAGUUGAAACAACAUUUUUUUACAUGUGUGAAUCUUGGCCCAAGACAGCAAGGGAUUGGAAGAAAGAGCAAAACCAAGCCCACUGGCCAACAACUGAAAUGAAGGAAUAUUGCGAGACAACAGGGUGUUUUGUCAUUCCUGAAGCCAGCAAGGGUAGUGAAAAUGAAGAAUACGAAUGGAGAAUAUCUACGCCAUUAGCAGAGAGGUAUCUCAUGAGAACUUUAAACAUCAUACAGAUAAGGUGCUAUGUGUUAAUGAAAAUGAUUCUUAAAUCAUAUUUAAAUCCACCUGGUAAAACUUACAUUUCCAAAUAUAUGUGUAAAACUGUCCUAUUUCACUGCAUAGAAGAAGCGAAAACAGAUUUCUGGCAGGAAGAUAACUUGCUUAGUUGUUUACUGUAUUGCUUUGAAAAGUUGAGCCAUUUCAUAUCGUCUGAACAUUGUCCACAUUUCAUACUAGAGAACAAUUUAAUGUCCGGACUUCUUUCAAGCAAAGAAAGAACAAGGCUUCUUCCAAGGUUGAAAAACUUGGUUAACAGUACCACUCUUCUUCAUAUACUUCUCAAGAUCCCUAUAGAUAACCUUGGGAAAAGACUUCAGUUAAAACGGAGCAAAGAAAAUGUUGGAAUUAAAAAUAUUCUUUCCAAAGCACAGACUGAACAGGAGAUUUCUGGACAACUUCUCCUCAACUUUGUCAGCCAACUCUAUACUCUUCAUCAAGAUCUUCUAAAAAAGGUAGAACUACCAUUUUUAUUCCAGUAUUUGUCUCGCUUUCUUUGCCACUCUAUUAACUCUGCAGGAAGUGCUAUUCAACAAACAGUAGCCAAUCAGAUGGCAGCUUUUCUAUGUACAACAACUGGGUCAGCCAUUGCAUCAGCCAAUAUCAGCGCCAACAAAUUCAUUUCAAAAGAAGCCAUGUUCUGGUAUUCAGGGGGAAUGAAUUCUGAUGCAUUGUCCAGCAGACUUAAAUUUGCAUCUGCAACAUAUUGUGCAGGAGACAUAAUCAGCACAAGGUCUAUACUGCGAGAUAUUGACACCCGUUACAGCCAAGUUAAUCAAAUGUGUGUUUGUCACGGGGGACAUAUGGGACAGAAAUGGCCUAUCAACUUCAAGGAGGACGAAAUAGAAAUUCCAAACUUUGCUGGAGCGUGCGUCAGUUUCUUGCAAUAUGAGAGGAACUGUGUGCCACGAGAAAUGGUGUAUGAAAUGUUUCGCUCUUCAAAGGAAGAAAAGUCACAGAGAGGUAAUAUGUAUAAAUGGAUGGACUGGGCUGUUGUUGACCCCCUCUAUUACAUGUAUUUCUUACAGUACAAGGUUUAUGGACAUCUGAAUCAGCAUGGUGAACAAAUACGUUCCCUUGUAAAUUUUCUGUACUUAGUACACUGUAUACCAUAUCCAGGACACCGGGACACAGCCUUGAAUUUGCUUGGACAAUGUAUGGAAAUGGAAGACCAAGAUGUUGACGCUUUCUGUUGCUAUCUGAAAUCACUUGACGUACAGGACAGUAAUAAUGUCGCGAAAUGGCACAUAUGCAGACUGCUUUCAAAACUGGUAGGACAGAAGGUUAGGGCAAUUAACGGCUGUGGUGUAAGUCUGAUAGCAGCGGGACCAACUAUAUCACAAGAAAUUGAAGAAAUCGAAAAUCCUAGUCAAAGAAAAACACAGAUAAAAGUUCUAACAAAGCUUUUCGAAUACAAAAAGCAGAAAAAGUCUAACUGAAGUUAAAACAGAAGAUCAAAAGGAAGUGCAAAUACUAUCAUAUGUAUAUAUUGAAAAGACAGAGAAAACUAGAAAAUUCUAUAUUUUCCAGAAAAUUUUAUAGGAAUUGUAUAGAAGAUAAUUAGCUACCUGUGAUGUAUAUUUCGCGUUUUGUUUGUAACCAGAUCAGCUUUGGAACUAAAAAAACUUCAUUAAUUUCUGAAGAAUUUCAGACAUAGAUUUUAUAAUAUUUCAAAGCAAAAUACAUAAUUCUGGUCACCCUGGAUGGACAAUAGUGUUACUGAACAAAGGUGUCCACUUUCUGUAAAAACAUGGUACUUCCAUCCUAUACAUUUGAACUAUACAAUUUUGUUUGUGUGAAUUUCAGAUUUUAAAGAUAUAAUAAAUUGUAAUUUCAUCUAUA